AACGUUGCCGUCGCCAACCAAUGGGAAGCGAUAUGCAAAACAGGGCUCUUCUCUGAUUGGUGAGGACGCGCCUCUGGACUUGAGGCAAGGUGCGUUGGGAGCGGGCGGCGGGCUUGGCAACGGGGCUUCCGAGGGGACGAGCGGGAAGCGGCUGCUGGCAGAAUGCAUCUCCGUGGCUGAAUGUAUCCCUGGAGGCCUUCCGACGGCGCCCAGCGGGAAAGAAGCAGCCUCUGGUGCCCCGCUUCCAAACCGCUCCGAUGCCGGCGCUGCCUCCCUUUAGGCUCCAGUGCCUCUUCGCCGCUGCCGUCCUCUUGCUGCUCGGCUUCGGGGCGUUGCUGCUGCUGCUGGACGGAGGUCCCCGUUGGCCCGACGCCACGCCGCCCAAGCAGGAGCCCGAGCCGUCUUUGCCCCUCGGGGAAGCGGCCGCCCUACGUGCCCAGUGCGCCUCUCUUCUAAGCGGGGGCAAAGCCUUCACUUGGGAGCCCCGCCUUGGCACGACGUGGGGGCGAUUCUCCUCUUGCGAGGACUACCGGUCAGGGAGCCACUACCUGACGCGGACCCUGUCUGCUGAAGAGGCUGCCUUCCCCCUGGCCUACGUGGUCACCCUCCACAAGGACUUUCCCACCUUCGAGCGGGUCUUCCGCUCCCUCUAUGCGCCCCACAACGUCUACUGCAUCCAUGUGGACCUGAAAGCCCCCGCUUCCUACCAGCAGAGGGUGGAGGAGCUGGUGGGUUGCUUCCCCAAUGCCUUCCUGGUCUCCAAAGCCGAACCCGUCGUCUACGCCGGCAUCUCCAGGCUCCAGGCCGACCUCAACUGCAUGAAGGACCUCUUGACCUCCCAGAUCCACUGGCAAUACGUCCUCAACAUGUGCGGUCAAGAUGUCCCGCUCAAGACCAACCUGGAAGUCGUCCGGCACCUGAAGUCCUUCCAGGGCAAGAACAUCACCCCUGGGGUACCCAUGCCUGCCCGCUUCACCUCACGGAUUAAAUAUGUCUACCGGCAGCACAUGCGCAAAGACGCUUCCUACAUGAAACGCACCUCCAUUGUCAAGUCGCAGGUGCCACACAACCUGACAAUCCACUUUGGCUCAGCGUACAUUGCCCUGACCCGGCCCUUUGUGGAGUUCCUCUUCAUAGACAAGCGGGCCCGGGAUUUGCUGAACUGGUCCAUGGAUACCUACAGCCCCGACGAACACUUCUGGGUGACCCUCAACAGGAUUCCAGGUGUCCCUGGUGCCAUGCCAAAUGCUACUUGGGAAGGCAAUCUAAGAGCUAUCAAGUGGGGUGAUGCAGAAGCAAAUCAUGGAGGAUGUCAUGGUCGUUAUGUCAGGGGCAUCUGCAUCUUUGGAACAGGUGACCUAAAGUGGCUGCUGAGCAACCAAAAUCUUUUUGCUAACAAAUUUGAACUUAAAACGUACCCACCAACUGUGGAGUGCCUGGAGCUGAAUCUGCGGGAGAGAGCCUUGAACCAGAGUGAGGUACCAGUGGAACCAAGCUGGUACCUUUAGUAAAAAAUUAAAAAAUGAACAACAUAAUAGAUAGUCUUCUAGAUGGACCAUGCUGCCUCAACAUCAAACAUCUUUUGGAUGUCCUAUACGGGUAAUUCUGUGAAUGUCUCGGAAAACACUGCAUUGCAGCUGAAAUUAGAAGUCAGGGUAAUAUGUGUCUUGGUUGAAGUUUUGAUAAUAUUCUUGAAAACUGUCUCCCAUUUUGGAACAGGAUGGUCAGAUGUUCUUUGUUAAUACUUUGUGAAUCAAGUCUGAUCAACGGAGUGAGAGACAUGAUUUUGGAUAUCUAGCUAAUUUGAAUCAGCCCUUGAACUUUGUUAUCAUCAUCAAGCCUUGCCAGUUGAAGGUUCAUAUGAACAGAUUCAGACUGACUACUAUGCCAUGUUGAAAUACCUCUUGAUGUGACUUCAUUGUUGAAAUCAAAUAGCUGCUUGGACAAUUCUGCCAUGAAGUCAAGACAUUGUAUUUGAUCCAGAGCUGUCAAGGAACUUGACUACUGACAUCCAUCCAUUAUCUGCACUGAAAAGAGAAAGCACCGGCUCUUCGACUUAGAAAUUGAGAUGAGCACCACCACCCCGAGUUGGACAUGACUAGACUUCAUGUCAAGGGAAAACCUCAACUUUAGUUUUAACAGAGACAUAUGUUCAAUAUUUAACAUUGAAAAUGUCAUGUGGAUGUUCAUGAGAGCAAAGUGGCAAGAGGAGAGGAGGGCAAGCUGCUCUGUUUAGCCUGUUAUAUUUGGCAUAGAUGUGAGUGAUCCUCAGAAUGAUGAAGGGAAGAACCAAAGAAGCACUGGAGUUGGAAAGUCUAUGACUUUGAUGGCGAACCUUUUAGAGAUGGAGUGCCCAAACCAGGGUGGGUGGMGUUGGGCACUCGGGGGGGGGGGGAGUGAGCAGAGGGGMGACCAAGCAGGUGAGCAAUUGGGAUGGGCAAAUGACCAAGUGGAUGAGUGGGGGGUYGGCAAGUGGGUUAGCAAGUGAAUGGGUGGACAGGCAGGGAGAGGUAGCAAAUKAUGUGCAUGCCAGGGAGAGUGCUGUAUACCCCUCCUGGUACGUGUGCUAUAGGUUUGCCACCACUGGCUUKUGAGACACCAUACAGUUAGAGUUAGGAAACUCACCUAGUGGAAGCUUAAACCAGCUCUCUCCAGAUGGGUCUAACUAUAAUUUCUACGCUCCUUAGUCAUUUCAAUCCAUCUGAAUGAUCUCAUACUAGAGAAGAAGGCUUAGGCAGCCUUAUGUAUACUCUGAUAAAAAAGAGAAGUCCCUACAACUGACCAAUCAGAAAACAUUGUACACAAUCUUUGCUUCCAUACCAUGAAAAGGUGAUCGCAAUAUGGGUUAAAUUCCAUUGAAAGAAAGAAAAAGCCCUUAUAUUUUAUGAAAAAUUUUAAAGUUUUACUACAAAAAACCAUUAUUGUUGCAGGAGUGGGUGUCUUAAAGAAAAAAAAUGAGCUUUCCAGUACUUUCUUGGAAUUUGCUGCAUACUUGAAAACUGAAGGUAAAAUAUGUGGGCCAGUUGGAAUGGUAAAAAAAUAUAUAAUAAUCUUCUGGCUUCUUGUACAAUUUUCUGAUUGAGCUUUACUCUUAACAGUGGUUCUCAACCUGUGGGUCCCCAGGUGUUUUGGCCUACAACUCCCAGAAAUCCCAGCCAGUUUACCAGCUGUUACAAUUUCUGAGAGCUGAAGGCCAAAACAUCUGGGGACCUACAGGUUGAGAACCACAGUACAGUUUUUUUUCUUCAGUUGACUGUGAAGUUCUGUAUUUUUCAAUUUAGUUAGACAUCUAUUUUCCCCCAUGAUGCAAGUUCAUUUGAGAAAAUCAACCAAGGAUCUAUUUUUUGUAAAAUUUUAUAUAAUAAAGUUCUGUGGGUCUUUUGUUAAAUUAAUAAUUAAAA